AUGGCUCCUGGAAGGGUGAUGGCCAUAUCUCCCGGGCGGUCGAAGAGGUUGCUAGAACUAGAGCAACCUGCUCCUACUAGAGUCACGAGAUCAAAGGCCACGCUUGAAACCAACCAUGAAGAAAGCCGUCUGCCCAUGGAUGAACAAAGCACCAUGCGCAUGGACCCUAGCCCUUUUGCACCUACCCGAGCCAACAAUCAAGCUUUGGAGUCUCAUGGUUUUCCUGAACAAGAUGAUCGGCAGCAGCUUGAUGGAGAUGAUGAAGGGAUGCUUACUGUGGUCAAGCCUAGAGUCAGAAAGGGCACAGGGCUCGAAAGGAUGACCAAGUCUCUGGGUACCAAGGUGAGAAUUGAGAUUGAUGAAGGGACGCUGCGCCCAAGGAAUCCUUUGCAGGCUGCAAAGCUUGCAACCGAGGGUGGCCUGAUUGCAAGAAGCCAUACACCGGUUCUUCCUCAUUUCAAGGAGUACAAAGAGAAUAAAGCCCUAAUGGAAAAUUACAUGGGAAAAGUUGCUGCUAACUUUGAGAUGGACACUGAUUCAGAGAUUGUGAAGGCCUCUUGCACUGAUAUGUUGCAGAAAAGAUCAAAGAACAGACGUCAUUUGAUCAAGAAGGAAUAUUUUGACAAGGUACCAGAAAAUCAGGCCAGCCUCAAAGGCUGA